AUGAGUAGUGAGGGCACUACUGAAGGCCGAAUGGAGUGCUGGCAGACUCCCCCUCCUAGUUUUUACAAACUGAACAUAGAUGUUGCAAUGGAUGACCGACGUAGAUGUAUGGGUUUGGGAUGGGUUAUUCGUGAUGAACUCGGCACGGUUGUAGGGGUUCUCAUGUCCCGGAUUAAUGGGCUAUAUACGGUCAAAGAGGUAGAAGGUAUGGGUGCUCGGGAGGCCCUAAGUUGGAUCAAGCAAAAGGGAUGGUCGCGAGUGAUUCUGGAAAUGGAUGCUAAAGUGGUGACUCAAGCUGUCUACAAUGGAGAGAUUCUAACCCCUUUCGGGACCAUUGUUCAAGAAAUCCUUGAUCUUUUAAAUGCUUUACCUUAUGUUAAAUUUACUUUUGUUAAGCGUAGUAGUAAUGAGUUUGCUCAUGUUAUUGCUAAAAGAGCUCUUUGUAAUGAUGGUUGGGAGCGGGUUGAGUACCUGGACUCUUUGCCUCGUUUUCUUUCCUCGUUGGUUUAA